AUGACCGAAUCUCCAACUGAGGUUCUUUACGAAGAUCGGAAUCUUCACAAAGGGCACCGAUAUAUCAAGAAGGGCAACACUUUAAUACCAUGUCCCUCAUCUGUGGAUCCACUCAGCCUUGAAGCUGACCAAGAGCUGAUCCAUGUGCUCGAUAAGCAAAUGGGCAGACUUGUUAUUGAAUGGGACGCUUCCUGGGUGACCAAGUCAGGGUUUGGAGUGCGAUCUGCGGAAGCCGAAGCAAUGAGACUUGUUUCUAAAAACACCGAGGUUCCGGUCCCUGAAGUGCUUUUCACCGAUUUCAGUGCGGAUGGGGCUAAAAUGGAAACGGAAACGGAAGAGCCUUUAAAACCCAACUGUCAUGCACCAAAGGGGUUGAUUGCGAUGACUAUUAUUCCCGGGAUACCCCUGCAGAAGAAAUGGGACAGCCUAGACGACGAGGCUAAAGAGUCAACGUGUCUUCAACUUUGGGAUCUAAUCUCAAAAAUCCGAAAUAUCGCUCGUCCACAAGAGCUUGAGGGGCCGUAUCAAUGUGCCGCAGAUGGCUCUCCAUCCCGGGACCCGAUGCUGGAAGAUCUGCAAAAGCCCGUUCGACCACUUACCAGCGACUUGGAGCUACGUGCGAGAAUAUACGAGCGCUAUCUCCACUGUGGAGGGAGUCGGUAUAAGAAUCAACUACUGGACAUGUUGCCCCAGUCAGAGCGCUCGGUGUUCACUCAUGCAGACAUUGCGCCGCGUAAUGUGAUGGUAGACGAGCAGAACAUGGUCACCGGCAUUCUUGACUGGGAAUCUGCGGGGUGGUAUCCUGACUACUGGGAGUAUGCACAGAUUAUGCGGCCGGCUUUUUGGGGAGACUGGUCGGUGUGGAUGGAGAAGACGGCACCGCAGCGGUGGGAUCUUGAAGGAAUCAAUGCUUCAAGAAAGGUUUUGUUUUGA